CAGCUUUAAGCUGAAAACCGGAAGUGCCCCGACGGCUUGUUCUUGCUGGUUUUGUCAUCUUUGAGGUUUCUACCAGUCAAAGUGUUGCUGGAAACAUCGAGCCUGAAGCCCGGUUGAACUUAAUCCGAAUACACGGUCGGUUUGUCGGAGGCUCUGGAGCUUUUCUGUCGUUGUUCGGCCGCGAUACGUCAAGAUGACGGAGCUCAGGCACCGCGGAGCCAAAGACACCGACGAGGCGUUACAACAGCAGGCGUCAGAGGACAAGGGUUCAGACAGCGAGCUGAAGGCGGAAAAGGAUGGGGUGUCGGACAGUGAGUCCAAGGUGGACUCAGGAGUCCCGGAGGUGCCGGUCCCUCCUGACGACACCCCCGAGGUGCUGAACAAGGCCCUCUCCGGGCUUUCUUCGAGAUGGAAGAACUGGUGGGUGCGCGGCAUCCUCACGCUAGCCAUGAUCUCCUUCUUCUUCAUUAUCAUCUACCUGGGCCCCAUGGUGCUUAUGAUGAUUGUGAGUACAAGCCGGGCCCCGAACAACGGGCAGCAUUCCAGUCCCCGCUUCUGCAGGAAAUCCCCUGAAACGAGCCGUUUUGUGUCAGUGGGACACGCAAGUUUGACCCCCUUUCUGAUGCGGCGCUUCUCUGUGCAGGUCCUCUGCGUCCAGAUCAAGUGCUUCCAAGAAAUCAUCACGAUCGGGUACAGCGUGUACCACUCUUACCACCUGCCCUGGUUCAGGACGCUGAGCUGGUACUUCCUGCUGUGUGUGAACUACUUCUUCUACGGCGAGACCGUGACGGACUACUUCUUCUCUCUGGUGCAAAGAGAAGAGCCUCUUCGUAUCCUCAGCAAAUACCACCGCUUCAUCUCCUUCGCCCUCUACCUCACAGGUUUCUGCAUGUUUGUGCUGAGUUUGGUGAAGAAGCAUUACCGUCUUCAGUUCUACAUGUUCGGCUGGACCCACGUGACGCUGCUGAUCGUGGUGACUCAGUCUCACCUCAUCAUCCACAACCUGUUUGAGGGGAUGAUCUGGUUCAUCGUGCCCAUUUCCUGUGUGAUCUGUAAUGACAUCAUGGCCUACAUGUUUGGUUUCUUCUUCGGUCGAACUCCCCUCAUCAAGCUAUCGCCCAAGAAGACCUGGGAGGGCUUCAUCGGCGGACUGUUCGCCACGAUUGUGUUCGGCAUCAUGCUGUCCUACGUCAUGGCCGGCUACCGCUACUUCGUGUGUCCCGUGGAGUUCAACAACGACUCCAACAGUUUCCAGGUGGACUGUGAGCCGUCGGAGCUCUUCCAGCUGCAGAACUACGCCCUGCCCAGCGUGCUGCACUCCCUCACAGGAUGGACCACCGUCCGGCUCUACCCCUUCCAGAUCCACAGCAUCGCUCUCUCCUCCUUCGCCUCCAUCGACUUUGCCAACACUAUCCCCGGGCACGGUGGCAUCAUGGACCGCUUUGACUGCCAGUACCUCAUGGCCACGUUCGUCAACGUCUACAUCGCCAGCUUCAUCAGGGGUCCCAACCCGAGCAAAGUGAUCCAGCAGCUGCUGGCCCUCCGCGCUGACCAGCAGCUCCACAUCUUCAACUCCCUGAAGGCCCACCUGAUGGAGAAGGGUCUGCUGCCAGCCCUGGAGGAGGCCGCCGCCUAGAGCCGCCCUCGGGCCGGCGGGGGGUGGGGGGCUGGGGGGGGUUAUGCGUCGGCUAAAGGAAAGGCGGGAACAGAAAGGACAGCUGUGGGUCAUUCCGUUUCAUUUGGGUCUGGGAGCCGUCGUCCCGAUGCUCAUUUCUGCCCGUUUACACUGGCCCCCUCUCUGUAUUAGCCGUGUCGUAACUCUGUUGUAUAUUUUCUCACACGAUUGCACUGCUCUAAACCCCCCCCCCUCCCUUACUCCCCAUGUUACUUCAGCGCCGGCCUCCUCAGAGAAUUCCCUUUUAAUUCCUUUGUUGUGAUCCUUUGUAUUUAUGCACAGAUGGUUUUUAUAUUUUGCUGUUUUCUGUUCCACUUUGACGUCGGUUUCAGUCAGCCUGUGAUCACCGUCGCAUUUGAGUUACUGAUCUUUGCUUCUUUUUUUCUCUCAAAGAGUUGGUCUGAAACAUUUUCAUGGGUCAGAGGGUCAUGUGUACGCGGGCAGCUGAUGGGACUCUGGCGUUUACUAAGCUUUAGCCCUCACUGGUGUUUAAUCAUGAAUCUAGAGAUGUCACCUUCAGCCUGAUGACCACAACUUCUCCUGCUCCUAACUUUUGUAGAAACGAUUCAAAAGGAGUCUCAGCUAUCACAGUGAUUCUUAAUUUUCUAUUUUAAUAGGCAGUAAUUAGGCUUAAUCGAUUUGUUUUAUACUUUUUACCUCAAGGCGAGUUACGGGGGCGUCUGCACUGCCUUUCAGAGCUUCUGUGUCACAGUGCACAGCGUUCAUGGUCAUCAGCGGUCACUCUGACCCCAGCGUCAGAUAUGAAGUGGGGGGGGGCUUAAACUUUGGCUCUUUGUCUCUUCAGGUUGAUAAACACUCAGCUACUGUCUGCACACUGUUUAUUCCGAGAGAUUUUACUGUAGAUUCUCCUUUUUCUUUUGAAUUUGUGCCAAGUGUGUCUUUUCUUUGGUAGUAAAAGAUAAGCCAGAGCCUCUUUACUGUCGGGUUCUUUUCUAUAUGACAGGAUUUUUAAAGAUGAAUUAAUUAUUUUUAACAGAAGUGUCAGUCCCUGUGACAAGGAGUACCUCACCUUUUAGAAUCUACUUUAGAUUUUUCCUGAUUGGUUUCCAGGUUUGGUUUAAGACACUAGAGAGGUGGAGGGUGGAUGGUUUGCAUGAGUCAGCCUCUGAUCUUUUUUUAUUCAGUCUGAUCGGGAUUUUAUGGUCCUGCAGCUCUUUCAAACUGCCAACACUGUCUAUUAACAGAGCUAUAAAGGUCAUCCCGGAGGAUUUAAAUGAAACUGUUUCUGCAGUUUGGAGUAAAUGAAGCCUGAAGUUGAAUUGUCCGGCAGAGGAGCGAGUCCUGUGCAUAAUCUGAGAAAGUUAUGGGUCCAUUAGGUUUGUCCUUGGAUAUAAAAUUAUUUUGAAAAGCCAGACGACUGCUGAGUGCUGCAUACAGGACAAAAUGGCGUGAGCAGUGAUAGGCUGAAGGCCGCCGUCCAGCCCAAACACAGCCUGCGUGCAGUAAGCGAAGGCCUCACACACCCCCGUCAAGAUUCCCUUCUUUCAGAACUGUCCUCAGGUUCCUCAGUCCGCUCCAUCCUUUGUCAGACAUUCAAAGUGAGCAGCACUUCCUGCCCGCGUUUGAAUGCCUCCCCCUCUCGUAUUUUCUGACGUGGUGCCAUUCCCGAUCGUUUCACACCGAGCUGAUCACAAGUUUCUUUUCAGUUAUUUAUUUACUCUACGCUGUUUCAGUAUUCUCAAAGUUACUCUAUUGUACAUUGAUUAAGAAGACUUUUAGAAGCCUGUUGAGUGUUCUUUAGUAUUUUUUUGUAUGAGAAAUAUCUAAAUUAUUGUCAUUGCCACAUAGGUAAAGGUAUUUAAGUAGCAGAGGAGUAUUUUCUUGCUGUGACUGUAGUGCAGUUGGGUGUUUUUUUAGGCUCUUUCCCUGUAACUGUCAUGUGUCAACUUCUGCGUCGCGCUGCGAGAAGAGUCAGCUUGAAUUCCUGUUUUGUGCGUUUUCGAGCGAUUUCCCCGAAAGAAAUGUGAGUCAGGGCAUCCCGGCGGCCGCAGGGGGCCCUGACCCCGUCUCUCAGGCUGAAUACGGCCACUAGAGCGUGCUGGAGGCCCUGCAGGCCGCCCGGCUGCUCCUGACCCAACCGCCUGAUACAUUCCAGACCAAUAGGAGGGUGCCCAGUAAGAGGGGGGAACUUAAAAAAAGCAAAGAAACCUGGCUCUUUUUUUCUUUUUCUUUAAAUCCUUGUGGUGCCACCUUGCUGUUGUGCUUCGGGACCUCUAAAAGGAGGAAUGUAUGCGAGUCGUGUCCGUCCCAUGUGCACUGUCUUUUGUGGACACUUUACUUUGUGGUCAUAGAUUCUCUUUACAAAUCUGUAUUAUUUCAGUAUAUAUCCAUUAACUGCGAUUGUCUGGAGAAAAAGCUGUAUACUUUGAUGCUGAAAUGUGCUUUGCCUUGGUUCGGAGAAAAUUAAAGGUGUUUAAAAAAACGU